CAGUCCAUCACUCUCCAUCUCUUUCUUCUAAUCUGCAAAUUGUGUUAUUAUUUAAACUCUUCUCUUUACCCUUUCAUUUAUAAUCAUCUGAUUUUAAAAGGGUACUCCUUUGGUACCCAUUCUCUAGCUACCCACCUUAUCCCUCUUAUCUUCCUUCCUCUCUUUUUCUUUUAAUUUUUACUUCUCAUGUUCUGAAAAAUUUCAAAACUUUUUUUUUGGGGAUUGAUUUCUCAAUUCUUUUGAAGGAACCUUACGAGGGACAUGGAAGCUGUUUUACAAACCAGAGGGCUACUUUCAUUGCCACCUCAUCCGACCAGAGUUAGAAGCCUUUUGAACCCAUCACAAGGCUUAAAGCACAGGCUUUUUGCCUCAAAACCCUUAGGCCUUAAUGGGUUAUCUCUGUCUUAUAAAAGAGUUCCAAGCGUCGUAGCAAAACCAAAUGGUUUAUCCCCUAAAGAAAAGAGCUUUAUUUGCAAGGCUGAGGCUGCUGCAGCAGCUGAUGGGCAGCCUUUGUUCGGUGAAACCCCGACGCCAAAGUUCUUGGGGAUUGAGCUUGUGACUCUUAAGAAGAUUAUCCCACUUGGGUUAAUGUUCUUUUGCAUCCUUUUCAAUUACACAAUCCUUAGGGAUACAAAGGAUGUGUUGGUCGUGACAGCUAAAGGAAGCAGUGCAGAGAUUAUACCAUUUUUAAAGACAUGGGUUAAUUUGCCUAUGGCUGUUGGGUUCAUGUUGUUAUACACAAAGUUGGCUAAUGUGUUGUCAAAGAAGGCUCUUUUCUACACUGUUAUUCUUCCUUUUAUAGCCUUUUUUGGUGCAUUUGGGUUUCUAUUGUAUCCUCUCAGCAAUCACAUCCACCCUGAAGCACUUGCUGAUAAGCUUCUUGCGGUGCUUGGACCCAGAUUUCUUGGUCCUCUUGCUAUUAUGAGGAUAUGGAGUUUCUGUUUGUUCUAUGUCAUGGCUGAACUUUGGGGCAGCGUGGUCAUUUCUGUUUUAUUUUGGGGGUUUGCCAAUCAGAUAACUACUGUAGAGGAAGCAAAAAGAUUCUAUCCUCUGUUCGGUCUUGGAGCCAAUAUAGCCCUCAUUUUCUCUGGUAGAACUGUUAAGUACUUCUCCAAUUUGAGGCAAAAUUUGGGUCCUGGAGUUGAUGGUUGGGCCAUCUCCUUGAAGGGAAUGAUGAGCAUUGUGGUGCUAAUGGGGCUUGCCAUCUGUUUCCUCUACUGGUGGGUGAAUAAGUUUGUUCCUCUUCCCACGCGUAGCAAGAAGAAGAAGGAAAAGCCUAAAAUGGGAACAAUGGAGAGCUUGAAAUUCUUGGUGUCUUCAAAGUACAUUAGGGAUCUUGCCACUUUGGUGGUUGCAUAUGGUAUCAGCAUCAACCUUGUUGAAGUUACCUGGAAAUCAAAGCUUAAAGCUCAGUUUCCAAGCCCGAAUGAAUACUCCUCUUUCAUGGGUGAUUUCUCAACUGCCACUGGAAUUGCGACAUUUACUAUGAUGCUACUAAGUCAAUUUAUAUUUGACAAAUAUGGAUGGGGAGUUGCUGCUGGAAUUACACCCACUGUCCUACUUCUGUCUGGAGUUGGUUUCUUUUCCUUGAUAUUAUUUGGUGGUCCUCUUGGACCAACUCUUGCAAAGUUUGGCAUGACUCCUCUUCUUGCAGCUGUAUAUGUGGGUGCCCUGCAGAACAUUUUCAGCAAGAGUGCAAAGUACAGUUUAUUCGAUCCUUGCAAAGAAAUGGCAUAUAUUCCUUUGGAUGAGGACACCAAGGUUAAAGGGAAGGCAGCCAUUGAUGUUGUAUGCAAUCCACUGGGAAAAUCAGGGGGUGCUUUGAUUCAACAGUUUAUGAUCUUGACCUUCGGAUCACUCGCGAAUUCAACCCCAUACCUUGGAGGGAUACUUCUGGUGAUUGUUCUUGCAUGGCUAUCGGCAGCCAAGUCUUUGGAUUCGCAAUUCACGGAAUUGCGUAGGGAAGAAGAACUCGAGAAGGAGAUGGAAAGAGCAGCUGUUAAGAUCCCUGUCAUGUCUGAAAGCGGAAAUGGCUCUCUUGCAAGCGGUUCAGCAGAAACAUCAGAAACAUCAACUCCAAGCAAUAUCUAAGAAAAAAAAAACAAGCAGAAACAUCAGAAACAUCAACUCCAAGCAAUAUCUAAGAAAAAAAAAACAUUCUUCCAUUUGUUGCCAACAGGAAGAAUAAGAAGCUGAUAAGAAACCAGUGCUAGGCGACUGUUGGCUCUAGAAUUUUGCUUUUGUUCAUACAAAGGAUAUUAGCUAAAAACGUAAAUGCUCGACUUUAUUAUAAGUCCUCCAUUUCUUUAGAUGUUGAGCUUAGUGUUUGUUUAGUUAUUGUGCUCUUUAGAAUUGCAUUUGGAUCCACACCAAUUGAAACCCUUUUUUGAUCAAAA